AUGAGUAACGGCAGAGAACCAACAGAGAAAGAAAUUCAAGAUCUUGCCAAGAAAGUUGACAAGCUUGUUUCCAGUAAAAAAGUCAAGCAACUCUUAAAGGACCCUCAAUCGGUGGCAGCAAGCAGCAGCAGCGGCAAUAAACCCAAUGAAGUUGCUAAACUUGCACAAUUGAAGCAAAUGAUGGAAAACCUUGCCCUUUUAGAGCAAGCAGGUAGAAUUAAAACCACUGGCAGGAAAGAUAUUGGCGAUCAUCAAUUUUGGAAGACGCAACCUGUUCCUAGACACGAUGAGGAAAUAGUUGAAACUGGGGCAAUCGAGCCUGACACACCAGAGGAUCAAAUCAGAAAAGAGCCUCUCCCUUUACCUAAAGAGUUUGAAUGGUGUGAAAUUGAUAUGCAAAAUGAAGCAGAGGUCAAAGAUUUGUAUGAAUUAUUGAAUCUAAAUUAUGUUGAAGACGAUGACGCCCAAUUUCGGUUUGAUUAUCCUGCAGAGUUCUUGAAGUGGGCUUUAUUACCUCCCCAUUGGAGAAAAUCAUGGUUGGUGGGUGUCCGCGUUGCAGCCAAUAAGAAGCUUGUUGCGUUUAUCAGCGGUGUUCCUGUUACAAUGAGAACAUAUGAUGCCGUAAAGAAAAUGACAGAGAUCAACUUUUUAUGCGUUCAUAAAAAGCUCAGAUCGAAAAGAUUAGCACCUGUUCUUAUCAAGGAAAUUACUCGUAGAAGUCAUAUAGAGGGUAUCUUCCAGGCUGUUUAUACUGCUGGCGUCGUUCUUCCAAAGCCUGUUUCCACUUGCCGUUACUACCACAGAUCCUUAAACCCCAAGAAAUUGGUUGAAUGCAAUUUCUCUCGUGUUCCGCCAAGAUCCACCUUAUCUCGUAUGAUCAAGAAUUAUAAGUUACCUGAAAAUACGAGCACAGCUGGUUUAAGAGAAAUGCGUGAAGAGGAUGUGCCUUGCGUUAGAGAUUUGUUGAACAAAUAUUUGAAACGAUUCGAUAUUGCACCUGUUUUUGAAACAGAUGAAGACGUGAAGCAUUGGAUCUUGCCUCAUGAAAAAGUCGUUUGGAGUUAUGUAGUAGAGAAUCCUGAUACGAAGAAGAUCACAGAUAUGUUCUCUUUCUAUUCACUUCCUAGUACAGUGAUUGGUAACCCGAAGCAUUCAACUUUGAACGCUGCUUAUAUGUUCUACUAUGCUAUGGAUUUAGACGAUAAUCUUGAUGAAGAAGCAAAGAAUAAAUUCAUUAAGAAGAGAUUGAACGAUUUAAUUAAUGAUGCUUUGAUUUUGGCCAAGAAAGCGGAUUUCGAUGUAGUCAACACUCUCGAUUUAAUGGAUAAUGCCAAGUUUGUCGAGGAACAGAAAUUCGGUAAUGGCGAUGGUUAUCUAAACUACUAUCUGUAUAAUUGGAAAUGUCCCGACGUCACUAGAAACAAGGUUGGAUUAGUGAUGUUGUAG